UUUUUUCCCUGGAAUUGACCUGUUUCAGCAGCUGAGAUGAAUCAGAGCAAGACUGAGUUCGAGCCCUUUGAGUAUUCCUACUAUGAUUAUUCAGACUGGUACUCAAACAACGCAGAGCCAACGCAGCCACCUAAAGAAGUGAUUUUACCAUGUGACCCCGUGGCAGAUGACAACCUCUUCAACAUAUGCAUGCUGUCCAUUUCUCUGGUGGUCGUGCUGGUCCUCGCCGUUCUCACCAGGAAAAAUAAACUGUGUCAGGGCUUCACCAGAGGAUCCUCCAGCAUCUUCAGUCCAGCAAACUUUCUGGACCAGACCCAGAAGAAAGGCCUGGUGAUGGCCGUGUUUGGACUGAUGUUCAGCAAGCUGGCGGUGCUGGUGAUCGCUCCGGAUCCUCUGCCGUUCUCCAAAGACACGUCGCCAGACAUUAAAGAGUUCAUGAAGAUAAUUGGCAUUUUCUACUAUCCAGUCCUGUAUUAUCCUCUGUUGGUCUGCAGCACUCUGCAGCACAAAGCAGGGUACGUGUUCGGGACGCUGCUCUCCUUCAGUCACUUCGGGGUCCUGGUGUGGCAGAAGUUCGACUGUCCCAAGACUCCAGAGAUCUAUAAGUUCUACGCUCUGCUUGCCAGUCUGCCUCAGAUGGCCUGCCUCGCUUAUCUCUGUGUCCAGUUUCCUCUGCUGUUUGUCAAAGGACCCAAAACUGACGAGGAUCUUGACAGCUCCUACUACACUGACUAUGUCAAGUCACUUCUGAAGAAAAAGUCUUCAGCCAGCAGCUCUUCAGCCGCAGACAAACCAACGCUGUUAGAAAGAAUACUGGAAGUGCCCAAAAGUUACAUUUACACACCUGAAAAAGUGUUCCGUUUUCCACUGAAGCUGGCAGUGUCAGCUUUUGUGACCAGCGUGGCCAUAUAUCAUACCGCCCUGUUGUUAGUCGUGCUGGUCAUUCCCACCCUGCACAUCGUUCGUGCUGGUAUUGAUGAAAACAUUGCUUUCCUGCUGCUGGGCUUCGGCAUCGUCCUGUCAGACGACAGGAUGGAGGUGGUCAACAUUGUGAUUUUCUACACUUGGUUGCUGGAAGUGUGCUACCUGUGUGCGAUGACCCUGUCCUGUCUGGUCAGUAUCGUGAUGCUCAUGAGGUCCAUGGUUCUCCACAGAUCAAACCUGAGAGGACUGUAUAAGGGAGACAUCUACAACAUCUAUAACAGCCAGAAGACGAUUCGUCCGUCCAAACCGGGCGUGGUGUGUUGGAUGGGUUUGGCAGGAUACCAGGCUGCCAUUGUCUGCCUCGGAAUGGCUAUCCAGACCGUCGUAUAUUUCAUCUGCUUCUUAUUUCUGGUGUUUCUGAUCAUCAUCCCGGUGUUUUACGGUCGUAACCUCAUGGUCUUUGAAAUAGCAGGAAAGGCAUGGCCGGCCUGGGUCACCCUGAUUCUGGUUACGGUGCUUCAACAUGUGACGGCAAAAUUUGCUUUCAUCAAAAAGGACGCUGGUACCAGAGACUUAAAUAACAGGGAGAGCCUCUUCCUCCUCACCUACCUGCUGUUCCUCGUCAACAUCGUGGUGGGGCUGGUUGUGGCGAUCUGGAGGAUGGUGAUAACCGCUCUGUACAACAUCAUCCACCUGGGCCGGAUCGACAUCAGUCUGCUGCAUCGCACCGCAGAGUCGUUCGACCCGGCGUACCGCUACUACACACACUUCUUGAAGGUGGAAGUGAGUCAGACUCACCCGGUGAUGAAGGCGUUCUGCGGCCUGCUGCUGGACAUCAUGAUCGAGGGCGGCCGGUUGGGACAGAAAAUAAGGGAUGCAGAAGCAGGGGCUCAGGAGAACAGGCCCAGCAAGGAGAGCCGCAGUCGGAGGGUUCGCGCUCGCUGGCAGCUGCUCUACACGCUGGUGAACAACCCCUCGCUGCUGGGCUCCAGGAAACACUUCCAGACCAUGCAGGCCGCCGAGAGCGUCCUGAACGGCACUCCCAGCCGAAGCUCCAAGAAAGGCAGCAGGAAGGAGGCCGACCAGCCGGCGGCGGAGCCAGAGCAGGCCGCCGAGGCCCCGACGAGCCAGGAGAAAACCGACUGA